GGCCCUAGCAGGUUCCAGUAGCUGGCUCGGUGCUCUUCUCGGCCACCUGCCAUGGCCUGGGGGCUGCCCAGCAUUGCUAGCCUGGCACGCUUAUGCCAGAAGCUGAACCGCCUGAAGCCGCUGGAGGACUCCACCAUGUAUAGGUUACUGUGGCCCUACCUGUCCACACUGGACCUGACUUUUCUGGGCGUGGGUGGCAUGAUGGGCUUGGGCCUCUACGUGCUCACAGGUGCUGUGGCCAAGGAGGUGGCUGGCCCUGCUGUGCUCUUGUCCUUCGGUGUGGCCGCUGUGGCCUCCCUGCUGGCAGCCCUAUGCUAUGCAGAAUUUGGGGCACGUGUGCCACUCACGGGCUCUGCCUACCUGUUCACCUACGUAUCCAUGGGCGAGCUGUGGGCCUUCCUCAUCGGCUGGAAUGUUCUCCUCGAAUACAUCAUCGGUGGCGCCGCCGUGGCCCGUGCCUGGAGUGGCUACCUGGACUCUAUGUUCAGCCACUGCAUCCAAAGCUUCACUGAGACCCACAUGGGUUCCUGGCAGGUGCCCCUCCUGGGCCACCACCUGGACUUCUUGGCUGCUGGCAUCAUCCUCCUGUCUUCUGCCUUUGUCUCCUGUGGAGCCGGUGUCUCCUCCUGGCUCAAUCACACCUUCUCGGCCAUCAGCCUGCUUGUCAUCCUCUUCAUUAUCAUCCUGGGCUUCAUCCUGGCCCAGCCUCACAACUGGAGCGCUGAGGAAGGCGGCUUUGCACCCUUUGGCUUCUCCGGUGUCGUGGCCGGCACUGCCUACUGCUUCUAUGCUUUCAUGGGCUUUGACAUCGUUGCCGCCUCCAGUGAGGAGGCCCAGAACCCAAAGCGGUCCGUGCCUCUGGCCAUCGCCAUCUCGCUUGCCAUUGCAGCUGGUGCCUACAUCCUUGUCUCCACCGUGCUAACCCUCAUGGUGCCCUGGCACAGCCUGGACCCCUACUCAGGGAUUGCAGAUGCCUUCUACCAGCGGGGCUGCAGGUGAGCUGGCUUCAUCGUGGCAGCUGGCUCCAUCUGCGCCAUGAACAGCGUCCUGCUCAACCUCCUCUUCUCCCUGCCACGCAUUGUCUAUGCCAUGACCGCCGAUGGGCUCUUCUUCCAGGUGUUUGCCCAUGUGCACCCCCGGACACAGGUGCCUGUGGCGGGCACCCUGGUGUUUGGGCUCCUCAUGGCCUUCCUGGCACUGCUGCUGGACCUGGAGUCACUGGUUCAGCUCCUGUCCCUUGGAACACUCCUGGCCUACACCUUCGUGGCCACCAGCAUCAUUGUGCUGUGCUUCCAGAAGUCUUCCCCACCCAGCUCCCCAGGCCCAGCCAGCCCCGGCCCCCUGACCAAGCAGCAUAGCUCCUUCUCAGACCACCUACAGCUGGCGGGCACUGCGCACACCACCGUCCCUGAGCCAGGGGAGCUGAAGCCAGCCCUGAGGCCCUACCUGGGCUUCUUGGAUGGGUACAGCCCUGGAGCAGUGGUGACUUGGGCGCUUGGCUCUAUGUUGGCCUUAGCCAUCACCAUAGGCUGCGUGCUCGUCUUUGGGAACUCGACCCUGCAGCUCCCACAAUGGGGUUACAUCCUGCUGCCUGCUCACCAGCAACAGUAUCGGGAAGACUUAUUUCAGAUACCUCCCCUAAUCCCCAUGGUUCCCCUGAUUCCAGCCCUGAGCAUCCUCCUCAACAUCUGCUUCAUGCUGAUACUGAGCUAUCUGACUUGGGUGUGCUUCUCCAUCUGGCUGCUGAUGGGACUUGCAGUGUAUUUUGGCUACGGCAUCCAGCACAGCAAGGAGAACCAGCGGGAGCUGCCAGGGCCGAACUCCACACACGACGUGGUAUUCCGGGGCAGCCUGGAAGAGACAGUGCAGGCUGUGCAGCCCCCCAGCCAGGCACCAGCACAGGACCCUGACCCUAUGGAGUAGCUGGUCAGCCCACACUUGCCCCGCCCUCCCACACCUGCUUGGGAGGCCAGAGAGGCCAGACAAGCCAGGAGCCCCUUCUGUUGUGGGCAGCCUGGGUUUGCAGGCCUGCGCAGGCUGGGGAGUCCUCAGGACCUUAGGACCUUCAUCCAGGGGCUGAGCUUCGGGUCUUCAGGAGUGGGCCUUGGCCGGUGCUGGU